UUACUUUAACUGAAACUCUUAAGUAAUGAUCCCAAAUUUUCUACUUUAUCUUUCUGUUUGUUUCUCGGGAAAGUUUUGAUUUUAAUUCAAAAUCUAUAGUAGUCUUCUUCUGAUUCAGAAAGAAGGAGAAAUAUUUUGUCUUUCUCGUUCAAUGGCGACUCCUAAACCCCAAAGAUCACCUGAAGAGGUUGAAGAUAUAAUCCUUAGGAAAAUUUUUCUAGUCUCGCUUACGGAAACCGCCGAUUCCGAUCCCAGAAUCGCUUUCUUGGAAAUGACAGCAGCUGAGAUUCUCAGUGAAGGCAAGGAAUUGAGACUCUCACGUGAUUUGAUGGAGAGAGUUUUAAUCGAUCGGCUUUCAGGUAAUUUUGCUUCGACCGAAACCCCUUUUCAGUACUUAGUCGGUUGUUAUCGACGUGCUCAUACUGAAAGUACGAAAAUCGUUUCGAUGAAGAAUAAGAAUCUUAGGUCUGAGAUGGAAUUAGUAGUGAAACAAGCGAAGAAGCUUUCGGUAUCGUAUUGUCGGAUUCAUUUAGCGAAUCCGGAGCUUUUUGGUGGUGGGAAUUUGAAUUUGAAUAGACCGAAUUCCUCGCCGCUUUUGUCUUUGAUUUUCUCUCAAUUUGAGGAUAGGUAUGGGGGUUCAAGCAGUGGUAGUAAUGAUAUUCAGAGCCCACCUGGUUUCUUGGAUGAGUUUUUCAAAGACACUGAUUUUGAUAGCUUGGACCCAGUAUUGAAAGGGUUGUAUGAGGAUCUUAGACUUAAUGUGUUGAAGGUCUCUGCUCUUGGAAACUUUAGGCAACCAUUAAUGGCUUUGCAGUAUUUGGUUAGUUUUCCUGUUGGAGCUAAGUCUUUGGUUAAUCAUCCAUGGUGGAUUCCAAAAGGUGUUUAUUUGACUGGGCGUGCUAUUGAAGUGACAAGCAUUUUGGGUCCUUUCUUUCAUAUUAGUGCUUUGCCUGAUCAUACUAUUUACAAGAGUCAGCCUGAUGUUGGUCAGCUAUGCUUUGCAGAAGCUUCAACUCGGCGUCCAGCUGAUCUGUUAUCUUCUUUUAGUACAAUUAAGGCACACAUGAAUACCUUAUAUGAUGGCCUAACAGAUGUUCUUAUGUUACUCCUUAAGAAUCAAGACACACGGCGGCAUGUUCUUGAAUUUUUUGCAGAGGUUAUCAAUAAAAAUUCUUCGAGGGCUCAUAUACAGGUGGAUGCCAUGUCUUGUGCAAGUUCAGGCAUGUUUGUUAAUCUUAGCAUUGUAAUGCUCAGACUUUGUGAUCCAUUUUUAGAUGCAAAUCUGACAAAAAUGGAUAAAAUUGAUCCAAAGUAUGUAUUUUACGGUGACCGUUUGGAUUUAAGAGGGUUGACUGCUCUACAUGCAUCAUCAGAAGAAGUGGCUGAAUGGACAAAUAAUAGCCAGGGGCAGAGUGAUGGUGAGGAUCGAUUACUGCAGUCGCAAGAAGCCACCAGUUCAGGCAGUAAUUCUUUUGGACCUUCUGUCACAAAGUCAUCAAGUGGUGGUGAAAAAAAUAAGUAUACAUUUAUAUGCGAAUGCUUCUUCAUGACUGCUAGGGUGCUCAAUUUGGGCUUGUUAAAAGCAUUUUCUGACUUUAAGCAUUUGGUUCAGGACAUCUCAAGGUGUGAAGAUCAUCUCAACACUCUCAAAGCUAUGACGCCUUCUCCUCAGCUUAAGCUUGAAAUAACUCGUCUUGAGAAAGAAGUAGAGUUGUUUUCGCAAGAAAAGCUUUGCUAUGAAGCUCAAAUAUUAAGGGAUGGAACGCUUAUACAAAGUGCCCUUUCUUUCUACCGGUUAAUGGUGGUUUGGUUGGUAAACCUGGUUGGUGGAUUUAAAAUGCCUUUGCCAUCAACCUGCCCUACCGAAUUUGCGUGUAUGCCAGAGCACUUUGUGGAAGAUGCAAUGGAAUUGCUCAUAUUUGCUUCCCGAAUUCCAAAAGCUUUGGAUGGGGUCUUGCUGGAUGAUUUUAUGAACUUUAUCAUCAUGUUCAUGGCCACACCAAACUAUAUAAGAAACCCUUAUCUAAGAGCAAAGAUGGUUGAAGUCCUGAACUGCUGGAUGCCCCGUAGAAGUAGUUCAUCAGCUACUGCUAGCCUAUUUGAAGGUCAUCCGCUAUCUCUGGAAUAUCUUGUGAAGAAUCUGUUGAAGCUUUAUGUUGACAUUGAGUUCACUGGUUCCCAUACUCAGUUUUAUGAUAAGUUCAACAUUCGUCAUAAUAUUUCUGAACUUCUUGAAUACCUUUGGCAAGUCCCUAGUCAUCGUAAUGCUUGGAGAAGGAUUGCUAAGGAAGAAGAGAAGGGUGUCUACCUGAACUUCUUAAACUUCUUGAUCAAUGACAGCAUCUAUCUUCUUGAUGAAAGUCUGAAUAAGAUUCUUGAACUUAAGGAGCUGGAAGCUGAGAUGGCUAACACUGUUGAAUGGGAGAGAAGAACAGACCAAGAUAGGCAGGAAAGAACCCGACUAUUCCAUUCCCAAGAAAAUAUUAUACGCAUUGACAUGAAAUUGGCAAACGAAGACGUUAGUAUGUUGGCAUAUACUUCAGAACAGAUUACUGCUCCUUUCCUACUUCCUGAAAUGGUUGAAAGAGUAGCAAGUAUGCUCAAUUAUUUUCUGUUGCAACUUGUGGGUCCACAAAGAAAAUCACUUACCUUGAAAGACCCAGAAAAAUAUGAAUUUCGGCCAAAGCAGUUGCUGAAGCAGAUUGUCUGCAUCUAUGUUCACUUGGCAAGGGAUGAUUCCGAAAAUAUAUUCCCUGCUGCCAUUUCAAAGGAUGGCCGAUCUUACAACGAACAAUUAUUUACUGCUGCAGCAGAUGUUCUCCGCAGAAUUGGUGAAGAAGGGAAGGUAAUACAAGCAUUCAUCGAGCUAGGUGCCAAAGCCAAAGUUGCAGCAGCUGAGGCAAGAGAUGCUGAAGCUACUCUUGGGGAGAUACCCGACGAGUUCCUCGACCCAAUUCAAUACACUUUAAUGAAAGAUCCAGUGAUCUUACCUUCUUCCAAAACCACGAUAGACCGAGCAGUCAUUCAGAGGCAUCUUCUUAGUGAUAGUACCGAUCCAUUCAACCGAUCCCAUCUCACAGUGGACAUGUUAAUACCAGACACCGACUUGAAGAAAAGAAUCGAGGAAUUCGUAAAGUUACAAGAGCAAAAGCGUCACGAAGGGUUAAGCACACAAAGCAGCAAAACAACAAUACAAACCACAGAUGGACAAAUGCUAAUUGAUUAGACAAUUCAUUGAAGUUUUAAGAUGAUGAGUUUCAGUUGCAUACCUUGGAAACAAUUGUUAAUUUAAUUAUUAUUGUUAUUGUUUUUAUAGAAGUAUAUUAGAUGUGGAUCGUAAGUCAUAGUAUUUUAAUUAAAAAGUGAAUGUUUGUAUUUGUCAUUUUCUUUUUUAGAAAUAAAACAUGGUUCGGAACCUGUAAAGCUUUGGUUUUUUGUAGAUGACAACACAAAUAUCAGAUUAAAUUAUCUUCUCAUUGGUGA